UGCGUUUUUUGAAGUGACGGUACUAACACUUGGUAUUUUUUUCUUUUUUCAGCUUAUACCCGUCCGCAUAUAACUGACGAGCAGGAGGAGUUCAUCCAACGGAUUCUAGAAAUCCCUUUGGAAGACCGCAAGUGCAGGAACUUGAUCACCCUUGACACCCUCCAUUUAUACUGUGGGGGCCCAGAUCCGUCAGCGGAAGCUCGUAGGUUGGAAGAGUUUGCGCGCCGACGUGAGUAGAGUUAGUUCCCGUCAGUUUAAUUCUUUCCGUCACUUUUCCUAAUCAGUCUUUGUUUGUGUUGUAGAGAUGGAAUCCGCGAAGCAAAGGAUACGGGCUGCCGCAGCUCGUCAGAAGGAAGAGAAGAAGGCCAAGGAAGCGGGGGGGGAAGCCUCGUCAACCCCCACGGCCGUCGCCAAAGUGGCGAAGAGGAAACCUGACGGGAGUGACGGCCGUCCAGCAAAAAAGACUGCCGUCACUCCGUCAGACGAACCAUUGAAGGAGAAGUCCCCUCCGACGUCUGGCCAUGGCGCGGGAAAGGGGGUGAUGACUUCCACUGGUCCCGUCAACGAGGGUCCGUGCCGUCUCCUAACCCACAAGGAAUAUGCCGUCGGGGAGGUUGAAUCUCUGAUAAAACCGACGGACAUGGAGCCCUGUGAUCAAGUAGGGACGGAGGAUUUAGGGGCGUCGGCCCUCUUUGAUCUCUCCAGGGCCUUGGUUCGUGUCAAAGCCCUUCGUGACCGUUGCGUGGCGAAGGAGGGGGUCGUCAGUCGAGUUCGCAGCCACAACAAGAACCUGUUGAAUCAGCAGGCUCAGUACAAGGAAGCCGUCCGUAUCCUUAACCAGGAGCUGCAGGAGGUUAAGGAUAAACUGACGGCGGUCAGUGGCGAGAACGUCAAGCUCCAAGGAGAGGUGACGGCUCUGGAGGAGAAGUUACAGACGGCGGGGGCCGACGCGAUUAGGGACUUCAAAACGUCACAGUCUUUUAUCGACUCUUGUGGUCAGUAUUACGGCACUGGGUUCGAUGAUUGCCUUCGACAGGUCGCGUCGGCCUUCCCGGAUCUGGACUUUUCUGGGAUUACAAUGGAUGAUGGAGACGACGUCUCUCUUCAGCCUAAACCUACUCCGGAGCAUGACGGCAGUGUAGUCCUGGCUCAGCCUGCUGCUAAUUCUACAGCUCCUGAUUCUCCAGCCGUUAUCGUGGAUGUCGAAGACCAUCAUGCUGACGGCAACCCUGCUGACAUUCCUGCUGCUUAAUUAUAGCUAUGUAUUAGACAGUUUGUUUUCUUUUUUCAAAUUUUUGGAGAAUAGUUGUAAUUUUUAAACAGUUGUAGUUUUAAACAGUUGUAAUGUUUAAGUGCCCUCGUCGUUUAUGUACGUAUUUCAUUUCCGUCGCUUUUAUCUCUUUAUUUUAUACGAAAUUGUUGGAAAUUCCCGUCUGCUUGGAAUACGUCAGCUCU